UGAAAAUUAUUUUCUUUCUCUCGUACCUCCUCCCUCCACCCCUUCUUUUAUUGUUUUUACUUAAACAAGAAAAAUGUGGAUUCGUUCAACGUUACUCGUAAUUUUAACAGGAUUUCACAUUGGAAGAACAGCCGAUUGGGGUUAUUGGGGGGAUCAUGAACCCAGUAAAUGGCCAGGAACGUGUUCAACGGGAAAACAACAAUCACCGAUUAAUAUAUUAACAAGAAAUACGAUAAAUAAAGAUUUUGGUGAAUUAAAAUUUAUUAGAUACGAUCAUCCGUUUACUGGAAAGGUUACUAAUUCUGGACAUACAAUAAGAGUAGAUCUCUUCGAGUAUCCAAUGCAAUUGGAAAUCAAACACCUCUCGGCAAAUUAUACAUUCGUUCAAAUGCAUUUUCAUUGGGAAUCCGAACACACCAUUGAUGAUAAACGUUAUCCAUUGGAAUUACAUCUCGUUCAUUACAACGACGAUUACAUUAAUGACCUUGUUGCUUCCGAACACAAAAAUGGUUUGGUUGUGUUAACUAUUUUAUUCGAGAUCGGUGAGAAUAAUAACGAAGGAUUAAAUCCAAUAAUAAGUGGAGCAAAAUUAGUAACAGAAUGGAUUGGUGGUAGUUUCGUAAGAAUUAACGGUCAAGUAACACCUGAUUUACUUGUUCCAAAAAAUCGUAAGAAUUAUUACACGUACGAAGGAUCAUUGACCACACCUGAUUGUAAAGAAGUAGUUACGUGGCUAAUAAUGAAAGAAAAACUUACGGUAUCCGAAGAACAAUUGGAAAUUUUACAAAACAUCGAAUCGCCCAAUGGAACAUUGAAAUUUAAUUAUCGACCAACCCAAAGUGUUGGUAAUCGAAAAAUUUAUUAUAAUAUGCCAGGAUGUUCAUCCGCUCCGAGAAAUCAUUUUUUCUUAAACGUAUUUCUCAUUAUUUAUUACAUAUUAUUCGUAAAAUUAUCAUAAUUGUUUCGAAUAACCAUAUACCAACAAAAUUUACGAUGAUCCUAGUAAGUAUGAAAAGAAAAAAAAAACAAAAAAAACAAAAAAAAAAAGAGAGAC